UCAGCCUCACACACUGUAAACCUACGCACCCCCAAGGAAGGGUUUUACCCAAAGGGUUUUACAUAGCACGCAAUUCCAUUUCAUUCUAUUGUUUUCUAUCAACAAAAGAAGUUGAAACGCAGCAGCAGCAACCAUGUCUGAACCAAUGGAGCAGAUUCGCAACGUCUGGAUAUCUGGUCUCUUGGAUCCUUCCGAAAUGAGGAUGACUGAGAGAUACUGGCUAUACGCCGGUGAUAUUCAAAAGAGCAAGGAAGCUCAAAAAGAAACAAAGAAAAUUGAAAAGUUCUAUAAGUCUUAUCAUAAAAAUCAGUCAUGGCGGAAUCUUUUCAAUCAGAAUCAGGGAGGUCGACACCAUGUUCGAAUGAACUGGAUGUCUAAUCCCAUUUCCCAUUCUAUCCCUGCAGAUAUCACCUUCUUCAACAGACAAAACUAUAAGAUGACCGUGAUUGACACACCUGCUCGUGUUGAUUUCACUACUGAGGUUAAGAAUGCUCUGUGUGCCUUUGACGGUGCAGUUCUUGUUCUUUCUAGUGUUGGUGGAGUGAAAACCCAGUCCAUUUCUGUUGAUAAGCAAAUGAUGGAAUUUCAACUUCCAAGACUUGUGUUCAUCAACAAUCUUGACCAUAAGAGAGCAGAUCCGUGGGAAGUUGUAGAUCAGACAAGAUCCAAGCUUCAGCAUCACAGUGCUGCACUACAAGUUCCAAUAGGCUUGGGAGAUAGUUUUAAGGGACUUGUUGAUCUCGUGCAAUCAAAGGCCUACUUUUUUCAUGCUUCAAAUGGUGAAAAGGUUGUUGUUGAAGAAGUUCCUAGAAAUAUGGAAUCCUUGGUGUCAAGAAAAAGGCGUGACCUUAUAAAAACUGUGUCCGAGGUGGACGAUAAACUUGCUGAAGCUUUUAGCAGUGACAAUCCCAUCUCAGCAGCUGAUCUUGAGGAAGCAAUUCGUAGGGCAACCAUAGCACAUAAAUUUGUACCGGUUUUCAUGGGUAGUGCAUUCAAGUAUAAGGGGCUGCAACUACUUUUGGAUGGUGUGCUUAACUAUUUGCCGUGUCCAACUGAAGCUAUUAAUGAGGAAAAGAUGAGCGUAAUUGGUAAACCUGCUCAUGUUGAUUUCACUGCUGAGGUUCAGAGCGCUCUGCCUGCCUUUGGUUCGGUUCUUAUUCUUGAUAGUGAUGCUGUUGAUGGGUUGCAGAGCCACCCCACUGCUGAUGAUAAUCAAAAGUUAACAAAUCAAAUCCCAAGACUCGUAUUCAUCAGAAAUCUUAACCAGCCGGGAGCAAAUCCGUGGCAAGUUGUAAUUCGGGCAAGAUCCAAGCUCCCGCAUCAUAGUGCUGCCCUACAAGUUCCAAUAGGUUUGGGAUAUAGUUUUAAGGGACUUGUUGAUCUCGUGCAAUCAAAGGCCUAUUUUUUUCAUGCUUCAAAUAGAGAAAAGCUUGUCGCUGAGCUAGUUCCUGGAUAUAUGGAAGCCUUGGUGUCAGAAAAAAGGCAUGAACUUAUAAAAACUGUGUCCGAGGUGGACGAUAAACUUGCUGAAGCUUUCAAUGGUGACAAGCCUAUAUCAGCAGCUGAUCUUCAGGAAGCAAUAUGUAGAGCAACUAGAGCGAGGAAAUUUAUACCGGUCUUCAUGGGUAGUACUUCCGGAAAGGAGGGGGUGCAACUACUUUUGGAUGGUAUGCGUAAGUAUUGUUCGUGUCCAAUUGAAGCUAGUAAUUCUGAUCCCAUCCAAUCUAAGAAUGAGGAAAAGGAUACACUUGUGGCAUUGGCUUUCACACUAAGGAGAAAGUAUGAUGUAAUAACUUAUCUAAGGAUCUAUGAGGGUGUGCUCCGGAAGGGAGAUUUCCUUACAAACAUUAAGACUGGCAAGACGUUCAAGGUUCCUGAUUCGAUUGAGGUGCGAAAAGAUGAGAUCGGGGUUCCAUAUUCGUAUGAACUCAAAGAGGAUGAGAUGGGGGUUCCUUAUGUGAUUGGGUUGAAUAAUGAGGUUCCUUAUUCGACUGAGCCACGAAAGGAUGAUUUGGGGGUUCCUCAUAUGAUCGGGAUGACUUGUGAUGAGGUAAUUCAAGAAGCUCAUGCUGGAGAAAUAGUCGCUAUACAUGAUGUCAUUAAUGCACCAGGUGAUACUUUUACCGAUGGGUUAGUAAGAUAUACAGAGGCUUCUUCAAUUGAUAUUUCUGAGUUGCUCUCAAGAGAUUCUGAGCAACCGAUACCAAUGCUUGCAAUGAUGAAUAUCUAAGACUUCUGUUGAUGUUUCUGAGUUGGUCUCAAGAGUUUCUGGAGUGCAAGUUUCAAAAGUUUAGUAGACUCGAAGUUUCAGCAGUGUCGCUGCUCUUUCGGUAGGCCUCCUUGAUGGAUGGCUCUUUUGUCUAUGUAUAUGUUGAGUUGGUGUAUCUACAACUAUUUGGGAGUCUAUGAAUGUCUUAUUUUCAGUUGUCCAAAAUCUAGAUAUGUCCUUUGAGAUUCUUGCUGAUGAUACAGGUUUAUAAACAGAAUUCUUCUUUUGGAAACAUUGAAAUUACAGAGGAUAUUUGGUUGAAAUUUCAGUAAUUAUUAUUGUGAACUCA